AGAUGGACCUAUCUGAAUUCGUCCUAUAAGAAACUGCGAUUUUAUUACGCAACAUUUUCCAUUGCAAGAGGUUUUACUAAGGUGUGGCCUAAUGAAUACACCGGCGGAGACAGGUGAGCGUGGAGAAAACCGCUUUCCUGACUAUGUGAUGAACUUACACCUGCUUCCUGUAGUUCUGUCAUUGGCAGUCAUAUCUGUCACUCUCUCCCAGAACCUGGUCUCAAUCCAGUUUAAGUCAGAUCCAGUCCUGGUGCAGACUGGCACCGAUGCGGUCUUCACGGUGGUCAUAGUGUCCCAGGUGUUUUCCAUCACAUGGGGGUACCCAGGUGGGGUGACCCCCCUGGGGCUGUGGGUGGGGGGCAGUGCGGUGCUCAACACUGUGACCCAGUACCAGGGCAGGGUCACCAUCACAGCCACCCAGCUCCGUAUCAGCAGUGCCCAGCUGGGAGAUGCGGGGAACUACACAGUGCAGGUGGACCCUUCGCCCACCACGGGCCUGGCCCAAAACUCAAGGUCUAUACAGCUCAGGGUAUUCGAUGCAGUGGAUGGCGUGACUAUGUUUGUGCCGUCAGUGGCUCUGGAGGGGGGCAAUGUGUCUGUGCGCUGUACCUGGACCAAGGGGACAGAGACCAGUGUGAUGUGGGGUAAAGGGGGCUCUGUUCUCACCUCGAACUCCAGGGUCACUAUCAAAGGGGGCGACCUGGUGAUCAACCCAGCCAGGAGGGAAGAUGCCGGGGUCUACUCCUGCACCGUCGCUAACCUUGUCAGUGCUCAGACCGCCUCAAAGACCCUCACAGUUUACUAUGGUCCCGACACCCCCGUGCUGAGCAAUGAUUCUCCGGUAGACUGUGUGGGAGGAGCGGAUGCAGUGCUAGGCCAGACGAUCCGUCUCACCUGCGUGUCCGACUCCCUGCCCCCUGCCACUUUCUCCUGGCAAUACAACAAUGAACCCGUGGCGUCUGGACAACCAGACAGUGGCGUGUUCAGCCUCCAGACCUUCUCCACCAACCAGAGCGGCCAAUACAAGUGCGUGGCUAGCAACGCCAUCACGGGCGCCACGUCGGAGCAGGGGACGGGCCUGGCCAUCGUGGGCACAUGCCUCAGUGCAGGGGCAGUGGCUGGCAUAGUGAUUGGCUGUGUGGUCGCUCUGAUCUUAAUCAUCAUGGCCAUCGUACUCCUGGUGCGCUGGAGGAAAGUUGACCGAAGACCGGAGGCCACAGGACAAAAGGGACACCCAGACCUCAUGCUUACACCUCCAGAGCCCCCUCCACCUGGUACCCGGACUUUAGGUGGCCAGCACUCUGUCCCACCCGAUGGCCGCGAAAGCACACACACACCGCCACGCGACACUAACACACUUCAACACAAUGGCCAUGCCAACAGCAAUGGGUUCCCACACAAUGCCCAACUUCAGAAUGCCAAUUCAUUUCCACAAAAUGCCACCACGCAGGACCACAACACUUUCACACGCACUGCUGCACCUCAGAAUGCCAUCACACUCGACACCCUCCCACAGAUGACUCAAAACCACCCGAACAAUCCAAACAUUCUCAUACAAGCGGGUUCUACUCAGGUCGGUGUUAACCUUAACACACUGCCACACAACCAGCAAAAUAGCAACGCACAGCUACCCACGGUUCACGUCAAUCUCAAUUCCUAUCCAACUAAUGGUCAACAUCCCAACCAACAGUCACAGCAACAAUUUACAAGCCCACAGGACAGUACAAUGCAGUGGAGUGCCAUCAAUGUAGCCAACAGUGUUAGUGCUCCUCAAGUUCAAAAUAACAACCCACAAACGGUCACACAGACUGGACAGUCAUACUCCAAUCCCAGGAUGCAACUUGGCUUGUCAUAUCCUGGUGGUCCUUCACAGGUUGACCACAGUAACUUAGACACGGGUCCUCAAGUCUCUACUGGUCCUGUUCCUACUGGUUACACACACGGUGGUCGAAGUCACACUCUCCAGCGAAACGCCAACACACAGGCCUGCCAGAGGGACCAGGCUACUGAUACCCAGCCUAGACACUCCGACCCAGCAGCGGCCAGUUCUGUGCCACGGGAUGCCAGUCAUGCCACACCAAGUGCCAGCUCACACCACCAACAAAUGCCUUGGGACCAUCUGAGGGGCACCCCGGCGUACCCCAACAACUCCCCCAGAAGGGUACAUGCUUCCCCCGACAGCAGCUACACCUCUGAUAGCACAGAGUCUCCGUCCCAGGCUAGACGAUUUCAACCACACGCCCGAAGGAGUGGGCCAGGAGCACAGACUCUGAACCCCCCACAGAGCCAAUCUACACCCAGGAAGGCUGCACCGACGGCGGGCAGACAGGCCCAGAACCUCCCCCACACUCAUGGGACGAACAAUCAGCCUGGGGCUCCAAGCCACACACAGUCGCAUAUCAGUUCCCAUGUACGCGAUACACCAAGGCAGAGAGCCCGGCAGGAUGUCAGAGCUCAGUCCCAGAUCACAGCUCAGACCGCUUCUCAAAGCCAGACUGGCCCCAGGCAACAAAAUGCCUCACAUAGCCACCACAACCCCCAGCCGCAAAAACAGGGACCAGGCGCUCCACAGGGACUAAUAACCAACAUGCCCCGAGGCACCACAAUCAACACUCAAGCUCUAACAAAUCCAAAUCACAUCCCACAGACACAAAUCGGGAUUCAGUAUGGUAGGGGAAACACACAUAUGAUACCGCAGCCCACACAAGACCAGAGACAGACAGCAACACAAGGUUGGGGUGCAAUAUCACAGCCUGUUACACAGAACCCCAGUAGCCUCACUCAGACGGCCCUGGAGAUGCACACACUGACGACCCCUAACCCUUUUCACAACCGUAACCAACAGACACAGGCCGCCCUGCUCAACACCCAAGCUCGAGGCCCUAACCCUGGGCGCCAGCGGCCCCCCACGCCCCCUCCCGUGAUCCCUCUGGCUCAGUUUCAGACUAUUCCCAGAGAACGCACCCAGCACCAGUCUCCAAACCGGGGCCCCGAUGGCCCUCUCAGGCCCCCAGUCAACAUACACACCACACAGACACACCCCAAAGCCCACCCGCCCCACAGACAUCCCGACGCUACCAUGCCGGCCAACCUGCACUCAGGAAAUGGCCACCACGUGCACGCUGAUAACACACACAGGCACGGCCAAGGUACUCAACAUGCCCACAGGAACCUUGCCCACCCACGCCAGCAGACCCACCAAGGGAGGCCGAGACACUGAGUGAUGCCAACGGACACACACACACCAGCAACUGACAAGAGGAGAAACACAAGCAUGGAUGACUAUGGGAGCCCUACUGUAAAGCAAUGGAGACCAAGAAAAAACACACGUGUGCACGUGCACACACACACACCCCCACCCACUCACACUCUAUCACACACACUUCCCGCAGUCGACUCCCCCUGCCUGUCAAGUGUAUGCUAUCUGUUGAUUUUCAACAGUACCGACAAUGAGUCACUGGAAAACACACACUGAUGUGUCCUUUCUGAAGCUCCAUACAACCAAAUAGUAGGAAUGAGAAAAAGGCCUUAUUGAUGGCGAGAAUCUCCAGGCCGUGUGUAUGUGGCCUCUCCCAUUCAGCGUGUUCAGAGAGAGAAUGAGGCACUGCCACAACAAAGAGGACUUGUUUCCAUUCAUGUCUGUGUGUGUGUUGCUCCUUGUGACUAGAAUAAACAGUAACAAGGACAGGAAAAGAGAACCCUUGCUGGAUGGAUUCCAAUUGAUUGAAUGGACUUGGCCCCUGGGAACUACUGUGUGAAAAUUCUGAAGGAAAUAAAAACCCCUCUGCGACUUGCUUUAUUUAAUAUUUCCAUGGAAGUAUUUAUGUGGUGACUUUCUGUUUACAGAUGCUUCUCUUGACACCACUCAAUUAAGGGGAUUCGCUUCGGCGCCUGGGCUUCGGAAGCAAUGCGCAACUAACUAUGAAGGAGACCCCACAAAUGGAUGGGCCGCUUAUUAAUUAAGCGCUUUUAUGCGACUUAAAUGACUCGGAAAAUAAUAGCGGCCAUGCGUGGAGGAGGUCAGCACAAAGAAGCUGCUGAGCUGCAACAUUUUCCCCGACUCAGCAAAGCAAAACAAUUUGCUCUGGGACUACAAUGUUCUUUUGUGUGGGGGAUUGGCACAUUACAAGUGAUCUCUUUUGGAAGGAAUCUUAGUUUUCUUUAGAACAAAAUGUGCAUUUCAUGUUUUUGUUUUUCUGGUACGUGGUAAAUAUGUUGGCACUGCCAUUGCGAUAUGUGUCUUUGUGACUCAGGGAGGCUGUUUUAUAUUAAAAUAAAUGUUCCAUGAGAAUACAGAAUAGAGGGCCACCAGUUUGGGGACCAGUUGGGGAACCCUGGGCUUGGGGUUGUUUCUAGAUUGGAAGCCCCCUCUCUUCCCCAUCCAGUUCCUUUACUUGACUUGAGGUUUUUAAAGAUUAGGGGUCUCCAUUGAACAUGCUUUUCAUGACCAGUAUGUUUUAUUGAUGAUAAUAAAGGGUUUUGAUUGCCCCA